UCAGUCAUCUUGAAGUUGCGUAAAUCCCUCUUUGUGCGCCGUGUAAGUUACAGAAUAGUACAAAUCAACAUGUUUCAUAAAAUUCGAACGGCUGCUUCACGGUCGCGGUUUCUGUCGACAUCGUGUGAUACCAAAAAUGUACCACAGCGGAAAAUUAACAAAUUGUUGGUUGCCAAUCGUGGUGAAAUUGCUUGCAGAGUCAUGCGAACGGCGAACCGACUCGGCAUACGAACGGUAGCCGUAUUUUCGGAUGCAGAUGAAAAAUCACUCCACGUACAAAUGGCGAAUGAAGCGUUCAACAUAGGUCCAGCACCAUCACAGCAAUCCUAUCUCAAAGGGGAAAAUAUUCUGGAUGUAGCGAGGAAAGCAGGGUGCCAAGCAAUUCAUCCGGGCUACGGAUUUUUGUCUGAGAAUGUAGAGUUUGCGGAACUUUGUCAAAAGGAGGACGUGACAUUUAUCGGUCCGCCAGCUACAGCGAUUCGCGAUAUGGGCAUCAAAAGUACAUCGAAGCACAUAAUGUCCGCUGCUGGUGUACCAAUUAUUAACGGGUAUCACGGGGAAGAUCAGUCGGAUGAGAGACUCGUGAACGAAGCCAAAAAAAUUGGCUUUCCGCUGAUGAUAAAGGCUGUUCGUGGUGGAGGUGGCAAAGGCAUGAGAAUAGCCGAAACGGAGGCUGAUUUUCUUCCAAUGCUUCAAUCUGCCCGAACCGAAUCGGAGAAAGCGUUUGGCGAUAUAUCAAUGCUGCUGGAGCGUUAUGUAAGAUCGCCAAGACACGUCGAAGUACAAGUGUUUGCCGAUCAUUACGGUAAUGCGGUGUAUUUAUACGAGCGUGAUUGCUCUGUGCAGCGUCGUCAUCAGAAGAUCAUUGAAGAAGCACCAGCUCCUGGUCUGUCGGAAGAAUUACGUGUCCAACUUGGUGAGGCAGCGGUUCGUGCAGCGAAAGCAGUGAACUACGUGGGGGCCGGUACGGUCGAAUUUAUUUUAGACAAACAAGAUCUGUCUUUUCACUUCAUGGAGAUGAACACGCGGCUUCAGGUGGAGCAUCCAAUCACUGAGAUGAUUACUGGUACGGACUUGGUGGAAUGGCAAAUUAAAGUGGCAUCAGGGGAACCGCUACCAUUAACGCAGGCAGAAAUUCAGAAAAGGGGACACGCAUUUGAGGCCCGUAUCUAUGCAGAAGAUCCUGAUGUAGGGUUUCUACCUGGUGCAGGACCCUUAAACUACCUCGCGACACCCGAGCCAUCCUCUACUACCCGUGUUGAGACAGGUGUACGCCAAGGAGAUGAAGUUUCUGUUCAUUAUGACCCGAUGAUUGCAAAGCUAGUUGUUUGGGGUGAAAAUAGAGCAAGCAGUCUUCAGUUGCUGAUUGAACAGCUGACAAAAUUUCAAAUCGCUGGUUUACAGACCAAUAUAAAUUUCCUCAUAAGUCUGGCUAGACACGAUCAUUUCCAUAAGGCAGAUGUUCACACAGGCUUCAUCGAACAGCAUAUGGACACACUUUUUCCCGCGAAGACACUAUCGACGACAAAGGUUGUGCAAAUGGCUCUAACUCAAAUACUGAACGAACGAGCUCAAUCCGUUGGAAGCAGGGCAGGUAACACUCGUGGGCCAUUUGAUACCGAAUUUAAUUUUAGGCCUAACUACCAAGUGGUACGGGUGGUUAAGCUAAGGGUGGCAGAAAAAGAUUACACGGUGGAGAUUCAAAUGUUCGAUGAAACAUGCAGCGUUCGAGUUAAUGGUGGAAACUGGUUGAAUGUAUCAGUCCGUCGCAAGCCUUCUCAUAAUCGAUUUCUUUUAGAAACAAAUAUCGAUGGGCAUAUUUCUCACUUCAACAGUGUGGUAUCUGGAGAGCACAUAGUACUGUUUGAUGAGAAUGGAAUGAUCGCUGGGAUGAUAAUGCAGCCUCAAUUUUUGAUAGCGGAAAGUUCCUUGAGCAACGUCGAUGCGUCCAGUGUAACUGCCCCAAUGCCGGGUAUACUUGAUAGAGUGUUAGUGAAGCCUGGCGAAUUGGUCAAAAGUGGAACACCGGUUGCAGUGCUGAUAGCAAUGAAAAUGGAGCAUGUUUUGAAGGCCGCAAAAGAUGGCGUUGUUAAAGCAAUACCCAAUGGAGAAGGUAGUAACGUGAAAAAGGGUGCUGUUUUGAUAUCCUUCGAAUGAUUAGAAAAACAGUGUUUAAUUUUGCAUUUGUUAGGACAAGGAAUGUGUAGAAGAUCUUAUAAACGAACAUUCCCCGUUCAGCGCCCAUAUUGAUAGAGUAGUGCGCAAAACUCGUCGUUGUCACGCUGGCCAGGGCUUGAUUCCCAAGACCGGCGUGACAUGAGGGUUGGCGCGGGGCCAACAAUCCCGGAAGUAAAAACAAACCGUCACAGAGCGCAACAGAAAUUAACAUUGUCUCUGUUGCAGACCAAAAUACGAUCAUAUGCAUUUAUUAGUAUGUAAAGCGUCAAACGCUAAGAAAGUAGAAAGUUUGAAAUGAAUCAUCAUUUCUUAUAAGAAUAUAUUUUCUACAUCCAUUACACAUGCACUGCAUGCCGCACUGUUGCGAUAUAAUUAACACUUUAAAUUGUGACAUUCCAACUAUCUAAAAUCAUGGUACUUUGAUAAU